AUGACGGCGACCACAGAAACAAAGAUCAUCAAGGAAGUCACGGCCGCGAACGCAAAGUAUGCGGCGUCGUUCACAAAGGGCAGUUUGCCGCUCCCACCCGGCCGCAAGUUUACCGUUGUGACGUGUAUGGAUGCCCGGUUGGAUCCGGCAAAGGCAUUAGGCCUUGAAGAGGGCGAUGCGCACGUGAUCCGCAAUGCAGGCGGACGAGCAAAAGACGCACUGCGGUCGGUGAUUAUCUCGCAGCAGCUGCUGGGGACGGAGGAAGUGCUGGUGAUCCACCACACCGACUGCGGCAUGCUCACGUUCAAGGACGAGGAGCUGCACGAGAUUGUGAAGGAGCGGUUCGGGAACGAGGAGUACCACGAGUUUCUGUCUUUUCCAGACCUCGAGAAAAGCGUGAAGGACGACGUCGAGUUUCUGCGGGAGAGCAAGGUGAUCAAGUCAGAGAUUCCGAUUUCCGGCUGGAUCUACGAGGUCGAGACGGGGAAGAUCCGGCCGGUGAAGAACUAA